AUGGAAACUAUACCGGCUGGUCCUAAUGAUGUUAAAAAAGAACGGCUCGCUAAAUGGAAACAGAAGAAGCAAGAACGGGAUCGUUUAUUGCGGAAUAACAAUGGCACUACGUCAAAAACACAACAAGACAUGCAAUUGAAUAAUAGCGAUGCCAGCAAUGCUAAUAAAAUGGCUGAAAGGCGGAAAAAAUUAGAACUUUGGAGACAAAAGAAGAUGCAGCAAGAUUCUUUGAAAAGUAAGCAAGAUGUCAUUGGCAGUGGACUAUUAAAGACAUCACGAAAGUCAAAAGUACUAAAUGUGAAGGGAACGGAGGAACAGCAACAGGGUCUAUCUAGAAGAAUUAAUAAGGUUCUGCGCAAAAAAAUAGGUAAAGUAAAGUCAGUUUUUGAAGAAAGUGAUGAUGAAGUGGAGGCACCAAAACUAAAGUUAUUCAAGCCAGGUACUGAAGAGAACACGGAUCCAUCUCCUGUAGCUGAGGAGGAGGAUACAUUAGAUGUUUACAUGAGAGGCUUAAAAGCGGAUUCAUCGAAAAAUGCUCUAUCGGCCACCGAUAUAUUUGAACAAGAGCCCGAUGAACACUUGUCGUUUGACGCUAACCGUACUGAAAGUAUGUCAGAAAGCGAAUAUAUGAGAUUAGCUAAAAUGAAGGCAAAGAAACAGUUGAGGAUGGUACAGUACAGUGAGGAAGAAUUGGAACCUUUUGUUAAAAAUUUAUACCAAGAACCUGACGAGAUUCGGUCGAUGUCGGAAGAGGAGGUUGCAGACUUACGGCUGGCGCUAGACAAUACGACGGUCAAGGGUGUUGGAUGCCCCAGGCCUAUAAUGAAAUGGUCUCAUCUUGGAUUAUCUAGUGAUAUAAUGUAUCAGUUAGAAAGAGAGCUCCACUUUUCCGUUCCUACUCCAAUUCAAGCACAGGCAAUUCCAGCAAUAAUGUCUGGGAAGGAUGUAAUUGGAAUAUCGAAAACUGGGUCUGGGAAGACAGUAUCGUUUUUGCUUCCACUUCUAAGACAGAUUAAGGUCCAGAGACCUUUGAGCCCCGACGAAACUGGUCCUAUAGGGUUGCUCCUUGCACCUACUAGAGAGCUGGCAAUGCAAAUUCAUGAGGAGGUCGUCAAAUUUACGGCUAAAACCCCAGGUUUGAGAUCUAUUUGCUGCACAGGGGGCUCUGAAUUAAAAAAGCAAAUCUCCGACAUAAAGCGUGGUAUGGAAAUAGUAGUUGCUACACCAGGAAGGUUUAUUGAUCUCCUUAGCUUAAAUGGAGGCAAAUUGGUGAAUCCAAGACGCAUUGUAUUUGUUGUUAUGGAUGAAGCCGACAGGCUUUUCGACCUUGGAUUUGAGCCUCAGAUUAACCAAAUAAUGAAAUGCAUUAGACCAGACAAGCAAUGUGUCUUAUUCAGUGCCACAUUUCCAGCAAAGUUAAAGAGCUUUGCUUCAAAGAUACUAACUAAACCUGUUUAUAUUACCAUCAAUUCAAAGUCUUUGAUAAAUGGAAACAUUAAGCAAAAAGUAGAGAUCUUUGGUAAUGAAGAAGACAAAUUUAAAUCAUUGUUACAUUGGCUAGCGGAGGUAGAGGAUCAACACCCGCAAUCUGAAAACAAAACUAUUGUAUUUGUUUCGAGCCAACAGAUUUGUGACAUUUUGUAUAAUAGGUUAGAGGCAUUUAGAAGUCCAAUUUUUGCGAUACACGCUGGAAAGCCAUCUAAUGAGCGAGCAUGGAACCUGCAGAGUUUUAAAGAAACUAAGAAUGGUAUUCUACUUUGCACUGAAGUGUUAUCUAGGGGCCUUAAUGUGCCUGAAGUGUCGCUUGUAAUCCUGUACAAUGCAGCUAAGUCAUUUGCACAGUAUGUGCAUACUACUGGCAGAACCGCACGAGGUAACAAUACCGGCACAGCUCUCACGAUGUUGAUGAAUACCGAGUUAGCUGGAGCUUAUAUUUUGAUGAAAUCUAUGAGAGACGAGGAAUUGGCAGAACACCAUAUCGCAACAGUCUCGAAACUGCGACAGAUGAGUGACGAGUUUAAUGAAGGGCUAAAAACGGGCAAAUAUAGAAUAAUUAAAGGCUUUGGUGGUAAAGGUCUUGACCAUUUGGAUAAAGUAAAUGAAGAGAAGUAUAAAGAACAAAAUAAAGAGCUCGGAAUUGAGGCUACUCGCAUUGCAGAGCACAAAACGCCGAUUCCCGAAACAGUAGAAGAUAUUCAUGGUAUCACGAUCCCAAGGCUAGAAUACACUGUAGAGAAAAGUACUAAUCCGGAUACAUCUUCUACUUAUUUUGCAUAUGUGCAAAUUAAUGAUCUUCCGCAAUUGGUAAGAUGGGAAGCUACUAAAUACACAACAUUAUCGUCAAUCAAACAUGAAACAGGCUGUAGCAUAACUAAUAAGGGCAGAUUCUAUCCAAACGGCCAAGGGCCGCAAAGUACAGAAGACGAGCCUAAACUUUACCUGCUAGUGGAGUCUACUAGUGAUAAGGACAUUUCAUUGGCAAUUGAGUUACUUGAAGCAAAAGUUAAGGAAGGUGUACGAAAAUCAAAUAUGCAGGAAAUUAGGUCAACUAAAUACACUAUAUAA